GUUGCAAUCCAGAGUCGAAUUCUGAUCGUGUUGCAGUCUAUACUGGUUAAGGGUUUCACGUGCUCGGUUGCGGCUAGUGACUAGUGAGAGACCCGAGUUGGAAGCAAUGUCCUACCGAUUUAGCGCACAUGCUUUAACGUCGAAAGAGGAGCUCACGAGAAGAGAACUAGCUCCAGAUCUUUAACUAAUUCCCGGUCCGUAUGUUUUAAGAUCACCGGUGUUAGGUUCAUCAAUAUGUUUAAACACAAUGAUGUGUUUCCUGGAUUUGUGGUCUGGAUUAAUCAGACUAUUCAAGAGCCUCUUAAGGCUGAGGUCAAGAGAUUAAGGAAUGUCAACGAGCAAAGCUUGGUUAAAAGUCUUAAAGCAGAGAUAGAGACUACUCAUUAUAAACAUAGAGAUGAGGAGAAGUUAGAGAAACAAUUACAAGCUUGGAGAAAUAAUCCUUCAUGGAUUGAUCAACCUCCUAAGGUUCAGGUGAAAACACAAAACGGUUCGUUUUGCCAUUUGAGCAUGGAAGUUAACGUGGGAUUGCCUCCUGAAUCAGUCUACAACAUCUUCACUCAUCCAGACAACAAACGAUACUUCAAGAACAUCAAGGAAUGCAUAUCAAGAAAAGUUUUGAUGGUGGAAGGACCAAUGCAGACCGUGGAGGUGAAGCAAGCUGCGGCUUGGAAGUUCCUUUGGUGGGCUGGUACUUUCCCUGUACAUCUAAUUGUUCAAGAAAACAGAAAAAAUCUUACGUCAAAAUAUAAGCAAGAGAAAACAAUGUUCAUGAAAGUGUUUGAGGGUUGUUGGAGUGUGGAGCCAAUUUUUAUCGACGACCAUUUGUGUGACCGCAUGAAACCAAAAACUCUAAAAGAUUACGACAGUUGUAGCAAUGGACGAGGAAGGAUAGGGUCAAAGGUGACAAUGGAUCAGAUGUUUCAGCCUUCUGCUAUUCUUACUCCACCUCCACUUUCUUGGUACAUUCGUGGGAUCACCAUUAAAACCACAGAGAGUAUGAUUGAAGAUCUCCUCUCUGAGGCUGCUAGGAUCCGAGGAGGAGGAGGAGGCCAAGAUGAUGAUCAUGGAGAAAACGUCGUUGUAUUGGAGAAGGGAAAAGAUGAACACAUAAAGGAGAGAUGGAGAUCACGUAGAAGAAGUAAUGGGAGGAGAUAUAUGAAUCAGAGAAUGAUGUAAUUAUUAAUAUGAUUGUGAUUUUAAACUUUCUUGAUUGUUGCUAUGUGAAAGAAUGAUCUUUACAAACUCAUGAUUCUAUGAUUGUUGCUUGUACGUCAAGAACUCACGAGAAUGGAGCUGCCAAUUCUUCAUUGUUAUGCCGUAUGUAAAGCUUGUAACCCUACUAAAUCUGACUACUUAUUGUUAAUUCAAGG